AUGUCGGGCGGCGUUCGAAACCUCCGGGCCAUGUUCGAACAGAACAAGGAAAGCAGUCCGCCAGACAGAGGGCGUUCUCCCGGAGAGUCUACAGGGGUCGCUAGCAGCACGGGCACAUCUCCACGACCACUGUCGAAAGUUCGGACAAGCUUCGUGGCCGUCGAGAGGAACGGAGGCCAGCUGGGAUUGAAGAGGGAUACCAGUGGUGACACAAACAUACACAAGCGGAGAACAAGCUUCAGCGUGGACGAGGCAGACAAUCCACAGGCAGCGAUAGACCGGAAGCGGUCGACAGCGACCGAGAUGGAUGCUCGGAAUAGCAGCGAUCCUAUUAAAAAGACGGCACCGGAGAAGGCCACGGGAGAGCCGAAUACCAAGAUGACCAGCAGCAGCAAUCAAGCGCAGGACCCCGUAAAGACGGAAACUGUCAAGAUGGAAAAGAAGCCGGCAGCAUCUGCAACACCUAAUGGCCAUACAAACGGAAGCAAGCCGGCCACAAAGCCGGCAGAGAAGGUUUCGACGACCAAGGCAUCGUCCAAACCCCCUCCCAUUACCACAGCAAGCUCGACCACCGAAUCUAAAGCCUCUCCGAAGAAGGUGAAAGAUCCAGCUCCCAGAAUACCCAAAACUCCAACCAGCCCCUCUAAGAGUCGACCAAAAGAGCCACCUGCGAAGACUCUGGACCAGAAGCCAGAGAAGAAGGCAGAGAAGGAAACGAGUAGAGCACCCACAGCCCAAAGCCGUGCCCCAAGCCGUGCCACGAAGCCUGCAAGCAAGCCACCCACCACCGUAGCACAUGGCACUCCUGUAAAGACCAGAAUUCCGCCUUCGCCCCCCCAAUCCGGCUUCGUCAAGCCCAGACCCAAAUCCCCAACUCGGCCCAUCAAGCUCCCAGCAUCGUUGACCGCUCAUACCGCCUCGUCUGGCUCGAAGACUGCUGCAGCAGGCGGACCACCACCCACCAGGCAAUCGGUCAGCCGUGCAUCCGGGAAUAUACAAUCGACUCAUUCUCGACAAGCUCAUAGCGUAUCAAGUCGCGCCCCAAGUCGAGCAAGCACUACUACCUCCAAGGCGGCACUCACUCGGAAGCCUUCGACAGUGAAGAGUGGUAGCACCAGACCCUCCCUCGGCCCUCCACCAUCAAACCAAUCUCUGAAGAGACGAUCCUCACGGCAAAGUCUCCCCUCAAGUGCACCAGCAGACGAAGGAUUCCUUGCUCGGAUGAUGCGCCCGACUACGGCUUCGGCAUCGAAAACUGCCGAGAAGCCUGUCACUCCUCCGAAAACAUCACAAUCGGCAAAGCGGCCCGUGACGAGGGAUGGACCAAUGAAGCAAGCCUCGGCUCUUGGAAGCCCGGUGUCCCAGAAGAGCCGCCGGAAGGAAGUUUCUCCAACUCGACGAGCCAAGCCCGUGGUAAAGAGUCCCAUUAAGGCUAAGGAGCAGAAAUUGGGCUCGAAGGAGCCGGUUACGAUCAAUGUGGCAGAGAAGCCUUCAUCUCAAGGCAAGCCAGAAGAGAAGGUACUCCCGGUCGAAACUCCGGUCGUUCCGGCCCAGUCUCCAGUUGUUGAAGCUGCCAAGCCUGAGGUCGAGGAAUCCAAGCCAGUCGAAUCAGAGGGUUUACAGGUCGAAGAGGUCAUGCACGAGACUGCUGUCCCGGUUGCUGAAGACCCGGUUGCUGAAGACCCGGUUGCUGAGGACCCGGUUGCUGAGGACCCGGUCGCUGAGGACCCGGUUGCUGAAGACCCGGUUGCUGAGGAGAAAGCCGCUGUUGAAGAUACGCCCGCUCCAGCUCAAGAGAGCUCGGAACCUUCUGUCGGAAGGGAGAAAGCUACACCGACGACCGACGCACAAACCCCGCCUACCUCGGUGGUUGGGCAACCUGCAGCCUCGGCCACCUCAGAAGCAGGGCCCGGUACGGAAGAGGCGCCAUUGGUCGUGGAGCCCGCCUCCAUUCCAUCUCCAAAAGUCGUCGCCGAGCAGGAGAAGUCGGAAGAGGCUGGGCUCGAAUCUCCAUCGAAGUUUGAGACUCUCGGCUCCUCCCCGGAACCCAAGGCUCCAGAGAAGGUGGAGGAAAUGAAACCAUCGAAGGGUGAGGAUCCAGCGGAUAUUGCGGCGAGAAAGGAGGUAUCUAGGAUGAACGCCGAGUUCAUGAAGGCUGCUGGACUCCAGAAGUAA